AUGAUUUUAACAUUUUGUAUUCUUUGUAGUUCCCAAGGAAAUAGAAGCACGAGGAGAAAGAGCGCAGUUUUUUAUCGACGUGCUCUUAGAUAUGGAGCUGUUAAUGUUCAACGAGCUCGGAUAUUGCUUAUUGGUCAGGAUCGGGCAGGAAAAACAAGUUUGAAAAAAUCUCUCAUUGGUCUACCAUUUGAUCCUAAAGAAAAUAGUACUGACGGAAUUGAAGUGGAUCCGUCAAUCUUUCAAGUGGAUGCUCACGAAGUUAAGAACUGGCAACCCAUUGAUGAGAGUGAGCGAGGGUUUUUGGGCUGUUCUAAAGAUGUGGCACAGAUGGUGGUAGAAGAGCUUUGUAACUUAGAUCGCUAUAACUGGGUUCAGGAGGAGGAAAAAGGUGCAGAAAAACACGACAGUGAACAGCUUGAAAAUGAAAAUUAUAAGAAUGGGAAAAAGGCUGGUGAUACUGAUGGUGAAAAGAGUGACGAUUCAUUUUUGAACCAGGUUUGUCUCCAGUGAAAUUCUUGCAAUUGUAUUGGACUUAAUAUAAAGCAUUUUCAUGUUAUCAUAACUCAAUGUCAAAGUUUUAAAAAAAUCAUUUGGAAACAACAUUUAAAGCCCUGUUCAAACAAAUCGGAAUAUUUUUGAAACCGUAUAUUAUUAAUUACAUGAAUCGGGCUUCCUUGCACAUGAAACCAGUGACUCCGCUCACCAAAGCCGCAUCUCUCCGCAGUGUUUUUUCUUAAUUCCGUCGUUUGCAGUCGAUCGGUUUUUUGGUAUUAAAAUUUGACUCUGAAAAAAGGAAUAUAUUUUUUGAGAAAAAGUGUAGAAAAAGUCGUGAAUUUAAGAUAAAAUAACAUCUUUUGGAAAAGUUGUUUGACACUGAGCUUUAUGAAACCGCAAUAUACUAUUCAGCUACUUUUAUUCUAAGGAACUUUUCGAAUGCAAAUAUAUCUCCAUCAUCAGAUAAACAAGGCAAACUUACUACUUAUUUACAAGAAGCAAAAAGACAAGACACCUUUUGUACUCUUUUAUGUAUAAAAUUUCCUUACCAAGCAUCAAACGGGUUUACAUUCUUCAAUACUCUCAGACUGUGAGCAGCAUGACUAGGCACCCGACCAACCCGCUGCUCGUGGCUUCGCCGCUCGCAUACUUGCAUAUCGCGUGUCCCCACAGAUUUUCGAGUAAAAGAGGGAAUGCUUGCAGUCUACAAUACUCUACUGGUUGAUGUUCACAUACCCAAUGAUGAAGCUUCUAUGUUUGAGUUGGUCGGUCUUGUUUUAGAUAAAUAAUAUUAUUGUCUUUUAGAAUUUACCAGGAACAGUUAUAGUUCUUUCUCUUUUUCUGGUUCCCUGUUACAGGUCCCUUAUCAAAAAGUGCCUAGUGUCAGUGAAUUGUCAUCUUCAGAGCCUGAGCAUGAGUUAAUAAUUGAUACUACUUUACCUCCAGACGAGAUCACAAAACACGCUAAGGAGUGGAUAAAGUAUGUGAAAGGUGAAGGUGAAGCUGUCACCGAAAAAUCCGUUAGUAGCGUUGAACUGUGGGAUUUUGCUGGACAACAGCUGUACUAUGCAUCUCAUCCUGUAUUUUUAACAUCACGUGCAAUAUAUAUCUUAGUGUGCAACCUCAGCAAAUCAUUGCAUGAGACUGUCCAACCCUGUGUUAGACAAGGAAAUCAUAACUUCACAUUGGACAACCCAAAUGGGGAAACAAAUUUGGAGAAUCUGCUGUCGUGGUUGUCCACCGUGCAUAGCAUCACACAGAUGAGAGGAGAAACCUGUGAUGAUGCAGGAGGAACGCUGCCUCAUUUGCGCCCACCGGUGAUCAUUGUAGGUACCCAUGCAGACAAACCAUUUGAAGACAUUGCAACAAUGAAGUCAAAAAUUCAGGAUGGAAUUGCUGGUAGGAAAUAUGAAGGGCAUGUAGUGCGGCCUGUCUUCAGCAUUGAGAACACUGCAAAAUUAAUUCCGAGAAGGUUGAAAAAGAUUUUCAGAAAAGAUAAAAACAUUGAUAGCAUCCAAGAGCUAAAAGACAAAAUCAUGGAAGUGUUGAGACAGGAGCCUUACAUGGGGGAGAGGAUACCUACGAGGUAAAUAAUGUGAAUAAAAUUUUCGCCUAUUUGCCCCCGCAGGGAUUUCGCCCAGAAGGCGAAAUCCCGAGGAGGUACUCUAGUAACUCGCGCGUAUAUUAAGGAAAGUGCUUACAGCUGAAAUAUACAGUCAGUAUGCCAGAAAAAAUAUCGAUUUGCUUGAACAGGGGCCGCAAGGAAUCGGUAGGUAAUGAUGACGUUUCUAUUGUUUGCGCCCACAAAUACGAAAUGGUUAAAAUUACGUAAAGACAGAACAUCCCCAAGGGACCGCUUAGGUAGAUUUUGUGACAUUUAUUGUGCAGUCAUACUUCGAUACUCUUUUGCGUUACGUGUUCUCAUUGGCAUUCGGUGGAGCAGUUGUUUUGAAAGUUAUGGACCAAAAGACACUCGUUAAGCCCAGAUGAAGUUAUAAGGUGCGUAUAAGUGUGUAUAUAUAAACACUUGGAGAGUUUGCCAGACAUGAGUUCACAAAUCUUUGAUUGGAAAUUAACCUUGCCAGACACUCUUUCUCUCUCUUUGACCGGAAUAAGACUCAGCCCCAAACAAGCAAGACGAGUGAACAACGGCUAGCUUAUCACUAGCCGAACGAUGAACGAUUACAGAAAUUCGCCGACAAACAAAUUCUGUGCUGACUUAUUCCCUGCUCACAGAUGUCCUUCCGCUAUAAAGUUUAAAAUAAGACUAGAAUGCUUGAGCGUGAAUUGAUCAAACGUCCUCGUAAUUUCUAAGGCUUACUUUCCGGCAAAUAAAAUGAACUGUACGUAAAAAGUGAAAGAGAAUUAGCGAAAAAUUCAACUUCUAAUUAAAUCUUUUCUUAUGGUUUAGAAUAAACCAUUCUUGAAACUGAGAAUGUUUUCAUCAAAGCUGUGUAAAUCUAACUGAAACUGUGCAUGGAACUGUUUCCUGUAUUUAUCUCACCUAUUGUAUGGAAUAUGCGUGAAAAUCUUCAUUAUGAAUCGGUAUAAUUCAAAGAGGUACACAACGAGCAAGACUACUAUUGACCGACAAUAUACAGAGCGGGGGCACCUGUAGUGUCAACUAUUACUAGUUUAAGGACUGAGUUGUGGCAGCAUUGAAUUUACAGUGCAUGUACAUAUACACCUGGGAGCCUUUCUUCAGUCGUUAUAUAAGUUUGCCUUGUUUGAGCAGUACAUAGGAAGGGGUAGGGGUUGCUAAGGAUGACAGGUUCUUAGACUUUGCCGAAACUAUGCUUUUACCACAGUGUUAAGUAUACCAACGGUGGUGUCCCAUACUACCUUGCAAAUAAGUUAAGGUUACGUUUACUCGUCCACGGCAGACAAAAUUAAUCGUCUAGCACCCUAGAUAUACCCCUAUGCCUCCUAUCAACUGGUCAGCGCUGUUUUCCUUAUACGAUCUCUUAUAUUGGAGCUUAACUGUGGAAAUCCUUAAGCAGCCAUCUAAAGUGUUGAAAAUGUACAUGUCCCAAGAAUUUAAGUGCGAAUUCGAGGAUAGGAUAACUGGGUUUCUUAUAUGGUGGUUUUUUUAUUGAUGAUAUAAAUAUUGCAUUUUUUCUCUUAAAAUUAUCCUUAUUUGUAUUUCAUUAAUGCUAAAAAAGCUACUCAGAGACCUUCAAUAAAGUUUGAUAAAGUAUUUAUUCUUGUAAGUUAUUAAUACUAAUUUUAUUGAUACUAUUUAUGUUAUUUUUGUUUUCUUAAUUGUGAUCCCUUCUGUAAACCACGUUGCAAUGUCCGCCUUCUGAGUAAAGAUCAAUUAUUUAACUCAUUUUAAUACAUUAACAUACCGGCCGAGAACAAACGAAAACAACAAAAAAUCCCUUCGCUCUCGAAAAACACGUUUAAAAGCCAGUCGAAACGGACAGCAGGGACUUUAAGAUAGGUCACUACGGCCGCCUGGGACGGUUAGAUAGAUGUCACGUCACGCAAAACACGCGUGACCUUUUACCGUCGUCCUUCUGGGACGGUAUGUUUUCGACGGCGUUGCUAAAACGAGGGUAAGGGUAACACAAAGGGUAAGGGUAAGGGUAAGGGUAAGGGUAAGGGUAAGGGUAAGGGUGGGGGUGAGGGUAAGGGUAAGGGCGGGGAUGAGGGUAAGGGUAAGGGUGGGGGUGAGAAUUGUUGUGGGAAUUCCAAUUUAGAUUUUCAUCCAAAAUUUCUCCCCCCAAAAAUUGUCUUCUUUAUACUUUAUAUUUCUUUGAAUUUUACAAUUCGUACGUCUUGGACUUGGCGCGGUUUGAAGACCAUAUAUUUGCUUUUUUUAAGGGAAACUGAGUGUUAGAUGUACAGUUUGCUCGUCUCCAAAUGUAACAUAUCUGAAAGAUUGUCGGCAUAUGUUUUGUAACAUGAGGGAUUGUGGACGUUCGAAGAUUGCAUGAAAAGGCGGUUUGCUUUUUAACCCUUUUGCGGAUCACCUCGCCAACCCUGGGUCCCACAUCCCCAAAUAAACAGUCCUUUAGUGUACAGAGAACGAUCGAAGACUAUUAAUCCAUGCCUUUAUUCAAGCCUUUCAAGAGCAAAAAAUUAAUUUGCGGUCACGUUGUUGCAAAUACUUAACUGCAACAGAAACGCGAAAGUUAGCCAAACCUUGAAAUUAGAUCAGCUCUGGACCAGCCUUUCAUUUUAAAGAGCACCGUUUUCCAAUAAUAUGCCAGAUGAUGCUUAAUGACAGGGAAUUAAUGACAAUAUGCCUUCUUAACAGUCACCCUUACCCUUACCCCCACCCUUACCCUUACCCUUACCCUUACCCUUUGUGUUACCCUUACCCUCGUUUUAGCAACGCCGAUGUUUUCGACGGGUUUCUUGUCGUGAAGACAGCGGUGAAAACGAUAAGAGUUCAUGCAUACUUAUUGUCACUUUUCUUCUAAAACUGAGUAGCCAAUGGGUUAAAUAUCCGUUGGCUUGUGUUUACAUUGAUUUACCUAUCGGUGAAAUGAAAACUGAAAAAAAGCGAAAAUGUCUGAGUUCAUUCAUAACUUAGCUCGCGGCCGCAUGGCGACUGCUUGUUUUCCACCUAGUGUCGUCCACCAUGGCAGAGGAAAAUUGCCGAAAAGAAAGGUAAGGCCCAGUUCAAACGUUGAUCUUUUCAUGUACCGAACUUAAUACCUAUUUAGGUCGACCCAAAUGGGUCGAGGUUGAUUCAGGCGUCGAACUUAAAGUGUAGUCGAACUCGAUUCAUUUUCACGAUGUCCAAUGGUCUAGAAUGUUUUAAGCAAGUGAAAAUAAAUUUUAGUCAUUUGUGCUUUAGUUUCGGCACAUAAGAAGUUCAACGUUUCAACUGGGCCUAACAGUGAUGAUUGUAGCCGUCUUUUUUAUAACUUAAAACUGUAUUUUUAUCAAGAAAAGAUUUCUUUAACUCAAAAGGUGUUGGCUUAGGAAAGGAAAGCUCAAAUAAAAACAUCGACUACAGUUUUGAAAACUAGCUAGCUUUAAUUUGUACCCUUAUUCUUCUAAUUGGUAUUCUUCGUAUAAAAUAAGAAACUCUUCUUCAGUGAUUGAGCCUUCUGAAAGAGAAAUGACAAGCGAGUUUCGCAUAUGACUUCACCGCUCUCUGUUUUGUUGUCCGAUCUUAAAUUGAAAAUUUUCGCAGCUUCUUACCGUCAUGGCCCCAGGCCGCCCGUAUACGCAUCCAACCGUCCCAGCCUACCGUAGUAAACUAUCUUAAAGUCCCUAGUAAUGAAGACGUGAAAGCAAAUAUUAUCCUCGCAAUGAAAUGAGCAAAUUAAGCCUGACUGGGAAGACAGGACUGCAAGAAUUUUCUCAGCUUAGCCUCCUGUAGCGAUCUUCAUCCUUCUGUUUUAGAUUGUGUGCAUUCUUCUGCAAAUGAAUCGCUUCAACUACCCUGCCCAUUGACAUGACAUCUUUUUAUAACCUAGGUGGCUGAACUUCGAGAAUGUCCUCAGUGCUUUGCUGUCGAAAAAAGUUUAUUACUUAAACUUGAAGAGACUUCAAACCUAUGCAAGGGACAGCUGCUUUAUAAAUGACGAGGAAGAGUUCACUACCAUGGUGGAUUUCUAUCAUGACUUGGGGAUAAUCAUCAAGCACUGCAGCACAGUCAUUCUGAGCACUGAGUGGUUAAUAGACCUAUUCAGGCAACUCAUCAUUAUUCCACCUUUUCAUAAAAUGGUAAGGUCCGAAAUACAUUCGGUAAGUGUUUUCCAACCGUUCCACCAGCUUUCUCAACUAGGUUGGCUCCCAUUUUAUCAGAAACUUUUUGAACUCCUCGUAAUUACUCCACAUUCUCUUUCUUAGGAACCCAAGGUUUCCAAUUUGUGGCAGGAAGUUAAAGAAAGUGGUGUCCUCAGAAUGGAACUGCUUCAUCAUGUAUUUUCUAAGUUUCUUUUGAAUGGCGUUGCAAAGGAUGACAUUCUGGACCUGAUGGAACACUUUGAUUUGAUUGCAAAGUUUUCACCUUGUAAAACUGAUGAAAAGUAUUUUGUGCCAUGCCAGCUCAAAAUUCCACCUGAUUUCAUUUGUGCCAUGGUACCCUCAAGCUCAGAUCCUUGUCCUCUCUAUGUCUACUUUUUAACUGGUUUUGUCCCCCAUGGCCUGUUUACACGGCUUGUUUCUCGACUCGUCAGGUGGUGUUCUGAGGUUGGUCCAACUCAGCCCCCUACCCUAUAUCAAAAUGGAGCAUGGUUCGUCAUUGGGAGAAACAUUAUCCAUGAUUUAGUUCUCAUUUGUAAGAAGCAGUUCAUAAAGUUUUUUAUCAAGCAAAAAACCCAGCGUCAGAAGAUUUCAGUGGAGAACACAAGUGAGGUUGCGGUGCAGGUGCGGGAGUUUGUGGAGGCAACUCUACAAACUUUGUCACAUGAUCUUCUGUAUCUGCAUGGAGUGCAGUACGAGAUUCGGGUGGCCUGCCCAUACUGUCAGCUGGAAAAGUGCUCAGGCCAUAAUCAGAUGGGUUGUACUCAUGAAGACUGUCUUCACCUCCUUGGGUUAAAACAAGGUGACCCACUGAUUUGCAAAAAGAAACCUUCAGAGGGGUUACUUACGGCUAGGGGACAGGAAAAAUGGUUCUCACAGGUGGCAAGUGAGGUAGGUGGUAAUAAAAUUCAGUCUCUAGUAAAUAAUGCUGUUAGGUUAGCGCUUCAAUUAUAUAAACUAAAAGAUAAUUAUGCUAUAGGGGAAGUUAGAUACCCUCAAGUAUUAUGUUAUUAAAUGUGUAGUCGUCUGUCUAUUCUUUCAAGCUCCAACAAAAUCUUUUCAUGUAAGUUAUCACAUUAAAGGAUGAUGCAUAGUGUAUACCUCUUAUGUGGUCUAGCACAUGAAUCUCCGUAGCAAAAAGGAGAGAGAAGAAAUGACUAGAAGAAAUAAAGUAACAUUUAUUGACUUUAUAAGGUCAAUUGGUACCAUAGAAGGACUCAAAUGCUGAUACUAGAAGCUCUUAACCUGACAAAUAAGAAUAAUAAUUAUUACUGAUCCUCUCCCCUUGUGGGGCUAUUCAGGGAUAAUGAAACAAGUAAUUUAAAAGAAACAUAACAUGGUUGAAAACCCAAAUAGAUGGAGGCAAACCCGUUGGCUAUUAGACAAGCAUGACCGAGGAUUUUGACUCGGGACUGCCAAGAACAAAUCUAGCAAGCGGUCAGAGUGGGAUUGACCUAUGUCACCCUAACCCUUCAAUCACGCCGCCGGUUAGUUUUGAAACUUCGGCCUUUGAAACUUGCUAGAGAUGGAAAUUGGCCUCAUCGACUUUGUUCUUCAAUGAAUUUGUGUAUCGUACAGUGCCUGUAGUAUUCUUAAUCUUGUGCGUGCAUUAAAUUGUAAAUUGUAGGCACCCACAUAGAACUGUUAUUCUAAAAUGCGUGUUUUGUUUCCUGAACAGGAAGUGUGUACUCCAUCACCUGAUACUGCACAAAGUAUUCCGCGGUGUGCAAUCUUGAAAGUUGCUCUUCUGGCUAAUGAGUGGCGGUCAGCUAAGGGUGGCUUGUCAACAAUAAACAGAACGCUUGCCAUACAUUUGGCAAAACAUGCAAACGUAGAAGUCACUUUUCUUGUACCUGAAUUUGAGUGUGGCGAAGAAGACAAGAGAACUGCCAGAGGGCACAAAAUUGCCAUUAGGGAAGUUCAGCGUCUCCCAGGCUUCAGUGAUCCACUUGACUGGUUGAGCUUUCCACCAAAAGACCUUGACAUUCAAGUUGUCGUUGGUCAUGGUGCAAAGCUCGGUAGACAAGCACAAAUUAUCAGAAAGUCUCAUUGUUGCAAGUGGAUGCAGGUUGUGCACACUGAACCUGAAGAGCUGGCAAUGCAUAAGAACUAUGCUAACGCCAUUGCCAUAGGGGAAGGAAAGAACAGAGCUGAAGUUGACUUGUGCCAAAUUGCAGAUCUUGUUGUGGCAGUUGGACCCAAGCUGAAGGAAGCUUUCUCAUCCAAACUGUGUUCUUUUCAUCGAGAUGUCUUUCAGCUGAUACCAGGUUCUUUUACAGAGUUUUCAAAGACCCAACAUGCUAAACAAGAUAGAGCGACUUUUAAAGUGCUAACCUUUGGCCGCGGUGAUUUUGAAGACUUCAAUCUCAAAGGAUAUGACAUUGCUGCUAAAGCCAUUGUUGAGCUGCAGGAUAGUACUUAUCGUCUGCUGUUUGUUGGUGCUUCUUAUGGAAAACAGGAUGAAGUCGCCGAAGACUUACUUCAGACUGGCAUUUCAAAGAAUCAGCUGAUUGUCAGAUCUUUUGUACAAAACAAAGAAAGAUUAAAAGAGUUGUUUUGCGAAGUCGAUGUGGCCAUCAUGCCUUCAAGAACUGAAGGAUUUGGGUUGACAGCACUAGAAGCGAUGUCAGCUGGUCUUCCCAUCCUGGUUAGUGGAAACUCCGGAUUUGGAGAAACACUGCGUGGUCUUACUGUGGGCAAGUCAGUUGUGAUCGACUCUGAGGACCCCAAGGAAUGGGCAAAGGCAAUUGAUGCUGUUCGUCAAAAACCUAGGAUACAACGGCUGGAGGAAACCCGAAGAUUGCGAGAAGUUUAUGAAGAGAUGUUCAGUUGGAAAAGACAGUGCCAGCUGCUUGUUGAAAAGAUGUGGAAUAUGGUAUACGGUGAGUAA